UUGAAUUUAAUUUUGUUCGCAAAACAAAACCCAAACACUCACUCAAAAUGAAAGUUAUGAUCUUAGUCCUUGUGUUGGCUGCCAUCGCCAUGACUAGCGCUCAGUAUUACUACGGAACCGGAUAUGGAGGCUAUGGUGCUUCACCUUAUUAUUCGGCCGGUUAUGCGGCUGCCCCAGCCUAUUCGCACGGAUAUUACGGUAAUGCUGCCUAUGGUUAUGGUGGAGCUUAUCCUUAUGGCGGUUAUGGAUACUCUACUUACUACAAGAAGUAACUGCUUUAAUGGACUGAUUGAAAAUCUAUCUCAUUGUGUAAAAGAUCGACCAAAUUGAUGUAAAAUCUUUCAAAUUAAUUGUACGCGUACAUUUUUAAUAAAUUCAUUUCAUUUAAUACUAAACA